GGUCGCGCGAGCGACGUGUCUGCGAGCUUGCUGAGUUAGAUUUGUUGCGGCGAGGCGGUGAGGUCUAGGUACGGGGUCCGGAGGCAGGGCUCCAAGGUUGAGCUGCCCGGAGCGAGCGCAUGGCCGAGGUAGUAAUCUGCACAACCAAUAUGGAGGUCGUUGGUGAUGACUGUGGUGUUUGGUGCCCGAGCUGACGGCGGACUGGUACGGGCCGUACCUUUCGCCCUCGGCUGGAUCAACAGUAUCGGACCGGGCUUGUCAGAAUUUGGUGAACUAGAAGGGAAUCACAAGGCUGGGCGAAAUGUAAGAAGAGAAUCGGAACGACUUGGAAAAGGCUCGUUGCUGGGAUGGGAUAGUGACAUUGAUGAUCAACGAGGCAGAAUCGAUAGCGGAACGUUGGUGGUUGACCUAAUUUGGGCUGUGGACGAGGCUGUACAACUGCAGGUCUGAUCUGACUGCGCAGAAGCGCUGACCAGAGGAGCUGCAAUAGUGCACAGCGUUGGUUAAAAAUAAG